AACACGGUAUGCAUGACACUAGAUUCAGAAAAUCUAGUACAAAAGAAAAUGAUGACAAUAUGGGCUUUGAUUUCCAGACUGGAAUUUUUGAGGAUGUUACAGAUGAUGAAGUGGAGAGAAAUGACAUUCCCAUGGAUGUGAACAUUGAUAUGGAAGCUUCUAGAAACCUUCAGCUUGCAGAAAAACACAUGACUAAAGAGUUGAAAGAUGACUACUCUAUUGAUGAUCCAGUUAUUGAUAUUGCCAAGUUGUUUGGUACCCCAACUAUGUCGGGUGAGUUUUCAGUAUAUGUCAUACCUCACCAUCUAUCUCCUGCCAUUUUUAAGCGAAGGCGUGAGAUUAAAAAGUCUCAUAUCUUACAGCACCCUUUUACAGAUCCCACCAAGAGAAAGAAACUAAGAAAAGAGAUUGAGAAACCAUUAACUUCAUUUGAUCCUUUGCAUCCAAUCUCUGAAGAAGCAUUAGAUUCCUUUCAAAAGUGGAUGAGUGAUGACCAAGGGUCCACAAUUGACAUUGACUACAUGCAUAUAGAUAAAAAAUGGUUUCAAUCACUGUCUAAUCAUGGUUCAUGGCUUGCUGACACGCACAUUGAUGUUGCCUUCUUCUUUUUCCGGAAGCGGCGAAUAGAAAAUCCUCAUCUUUUUUCCCAAAAGUUUACCACAGUGGAUACUAUGUUUUGGCAAAAUGCUCAAGCAAGAUGGAUUAAGCAUGGCAAGAAGUGGAACCAAUUCAAAUUACUAGAGAAUGACAUCCUUAUUGAUUAUGCCAAUGGUUUGCAGCCUCUUUAUUCUGUCAAAUGGCCUGAUGUUGACAUUGUGUAUGUCCCUAUCAAUGUUCGGGCUAGUCACUGGGUAUUAGGAGUUGUCCACCUUCAUCGAAGGAUUAUAUACGUAUAUGACUCAUUGAUGGGCAUCAAUAAUAAUGCAAGAUUGCAAGUUGCCAUUAAACCAUUAGCCAAAUUGUUGCCGCAUAUAUUGAAUGCAAUAGCAUAUUAUGGUUUUCAUGGUGACACAAAAGUUAACUACCAAGAAUGGGAAAUUGAACGGCUGCAAGAUAUUCCUCAACAGGAAAAUGAUGGUGAUUGUGGCAUGUUUGUUAUCAAAUAUGCUGAAUACUUAAUGCACAACCAUCCAUUGAAGUCAUUAACAAGUGCACGAAUGGACUGGUUUCGGGAAAAGAUGGCAGCAGAGUUAUUUUAUAUGAAAUACUUGCCUAUGUAAUGAAUUCAUGUUGAUAUUUCACAUUUUGAUAAUGUAGUUGGAUGGUUUGUUAUAUGUAAUUGGAUAGCUUCAUAUAUGUAGUUAGGCAUUUUGAUAAAUGUAGUUGGACAGGUUGAUAUAUCUACUUGGAUAUUUUGAUGAAUGUUGUUCGAUAGUUAUGUAUACAAUUGACCUUUUAAACUAAA